GAAUAACAAUUGUACAUAUGAAGAACGAACGACUUUUCAUCAAUGUGAUGUAGUUAUAGGUUAUAAAGUAUUUUACUGUAUAAAAAAUAUUUUCAAUGGUAUAAAGUAAGAAUUUUAAAACGUGACGAUAUGACAGAUAACAACAUUAGAAAUAUUGAGGAGAAACAGUGUAAAAAUGCUCGAUCAGUAUUUUACAAGAAACCUAUUAAAAAAGAUAAUUAUAAACUAGAUGUUGAUUAUAUUGACAGUCCUCAGGAAUUAAGACGGCAAAGACUUUUAGAAAUUCAAAAAAGAAAUAGAGAUGUCACAUUUAAUGCCGGACGAGAAAUAUUGGAAAUCUUUAACUCUGACAAUGAAAAUGAAGAAGAAAUGGAAAUUGAAUAUAAUAACAAGCCUUGGAAAAAGUAUGAACGAUGCAAACAUUAUGCCAAUCAAUUUAUGCUGUCAGAAUGGAUGUUUGAAGCGCCUCAGGAUAUUUUAGAAAAAUGGAUUAUAGUGCCUUGUCCUCAAGGCAAAAGGACUUUAAUAGUUGCACGCAAAAAUACAACAAAGGUUUUUAACAGACGUGGCAACAGGUUAGGAAAAUUUCAAUCUGUGCUGCCUGGAGGAAAUUCCAAUGAACAUCACAGUCGUUGUACUAUUCUGGAUUGUAUAUGGAUGGAAAAAGAAAAAACUUAUUUUGUCUUGGACGUGUUGGCAUGGUCUAAUCAAUCCCUUUUAAAUUGUGAUACAGAAUUUCGAUUCUUUUGGUUGAAAUCUAAAUUUCAAGAAAAAAAAGAACUACAAGAAGGUGGCAUCUUUAACAAUACUUAUCCUAUUUUACUUUUACCGCGUAUAUAUUUUGAUUCCAAUCUAGAAUCAGGUUUAGCAAAUUUAUCUGCGUUAGCACCUUUGGACGGAUUAUUAUUUUAUCAUCGUGAUGGAUUAUACACUCGCGGUCACACACCUCUUGUGACAUGGUUGAAGACUUUUAUGUUACCUGAAAUACUUGGAAUAUCUUUACCACCUCCAUUUGAUGAAAAACCUGAUGAUUACAUAGACAUUAGGCAUUAUUUGUUAAAUUUCAAAGCAAGGAAGCAUAAGGAGGAAGGGGCUGCUUUGACAAAUAAUAUGGAAAUUGUGGACGAGGAUGUUGAAGUAACAUAAAUUUGGCCUUAAGUACAGUAGACGAUCUUCUGACUGAAGAGAUGUACAAUAUGAAUAUAAGUAAUUACUGUUUCAAUUUAAUAUAACUAAAUUAUAUUUCAUCCAUAACAAAUUUAUUAUCUAUGUAAUAAAUAUAUAAUUAAUCUAAUAAAAAGAAAUAAAAAUAUUUUAAA